AUGUCACUAAAAGUUUCCUCGCCCCUUGCCAUCGCCAAUGGCCGUAUCACGCUGCAACACCGCGUCGUCAUGGCCCCCAUGACACGAAACCGUGGGGUGCCUCUGGCAGAGGGAACGCCUGAGAGUCCGAACCGCAUCUGGCUCCCUGACCACGUCGUCGCGCUCUACUACGCGCAGCGGGCUUCACCGGGCGGCCUGCUCAUCACAGAAGGCAUCCCCCCUUCCCUCGAGGCAAGCGGCAUGCCCGGCGUGCCCGGCCUGUUCCACCCGUCGCAGGUCCGGGGCUGGCGGGAGGUAGUCAAGGGCGUCCACGACAAGGGCGGCCACAUCUACGCGCAGCUGUGGCACGCCGGCCGGGCCACGGUCCCCCAGAUGACGGGCACGCAGACCCUCAGCGCCUCCGCGACGCCGUGGGACGACGACGAGAAGUUCCCCUUCCGCGACCCCGUCAGUAAAGACAAGGUGGCGUAUAGGAACCACCCCCCGCGGGCCAUGACGCGGGAAGACAUCGACCGCACCAUCGGCGACUUCGUGGCCGCGGCCGAGGCUGCCAUUGAAGCCGGCUUUGACGGCGUCGAGAUCAACGGCGGCAACGGGAACCUCCUCGACCAGUUUCUUCACUCAAACAUCAACACGCGGACGGACACCUACGGCGGGAGUCCCGAGAAGCGAGCCCGGUUCCCGCUGGAGCUCGUCUCGGCCGUCGCGGCGGCUGUCGGCCCUUCCAACGUCGCCGUCCGCCUGGAGCCGACGGGCCUCUACAACCACACCCGCGGCGCCGAGCGCGUCGAGACGUGGUCGCACCUCUGCUCCCGGCUCGCCGAGACCUACGCCGGCGAGUCCCGCCUGUCGUACGUGCACUUCAUCGAGCCCCGGCUGGACCGCGUCGACUCGGAGGCCGAGAGGGACGGCUUCUAUCGCAGCUGGAGCCUGCCCGAAGUCUCGAACCUUCACUUCCGGCGGAUCCUGAAGGACACGCCGGCUUUUACAUGCGGCGGCUGGGACGCGGAGAACCACGAGCAGGCACUUGGUCAAGGAUGGGACGCCGUGGUGUUUGCCAAGUGGUUCGUGAGCAACCCUGACCUGCCUGCCCGUCUCAUUAGCGGCUCCCCGCUCCAUGCCUAUGAUAGAAGUCGCUUCUACGGCUCUUGGGACGGUGUCAGAGAGAAUGGCUACGUUGAUUAUCCCACGUAUGAGGAGGAGAAGCUUGCUGCGAAUCAUGGCCAGCAAGAACCCGCCGAGAAGUGA